AUGAAUUCAAUUGUAAUUUUUACUUUCUUUGUAAUUGGCGUGGUACUCGCUGGUCAUGGACACGACAAUGCUCACUACAAAUUUGAGUAUGGCGUUCAUGAUCCUCACACUCACGACCACAAAUCACAGCAUGAACACAGACAUGGCCAUGAUGUCACUGGAGGUUACACCCUCAAAGAAGCCGAUGGAACUCACAGAGUUGUCAAAUACAAAUCUUCACCCCACAAUGGAUUCGAAGCUGUUGUUGAAAGGGUAGGUCAUGCCCAACAUCCUGCUCACUACGGUCAUGGUCAUGGGCAUGGUGGACACGGCCAUGGUGGGCAUGGUGGAGCUACCAGCUACGUUGGUGUUACACACUGGGCGAACCAAGGAAGUGAAGGAGGGCACGGUCAUGGAUACUAA